CGUGUGCCUAUCGUCAAGAGUGAAAGUUUCCGUCGUUCAUCCCGACCACCGAGCGGCAAAAACGGUAUAAAAACCGGCAAACCGAUCAUCGAAGGCACACUCAUCUCUCGGCGUCUCCCGCAUCAAGCACAAAAUGCGCGUUUUUCUCCUCUGCCUCUUGGCCGUCGGCGCCAUCGCCAAGGAAGCCGAUAAAAACCAUUCCAGACGUGGCGCCUACCUCGACGCCUCCAGCAGCUCAGCCGCGGACGUCAUCUCCAGCAACGCUUACCCCAUCAACAACGGUUACAGCAGCGGAGUCAUCGGCAACGGAUACGGCAACGGAGUCUACGGCAACGGAGUCUACGGGAACGGAGUCUACAGUAACGGAGUCAUCGGCAACGGAGUCAUCAACAACGGCUACGGCAGUGGAAUCAUCAGCAACGGUUACAGCAACGGAAUCAUCGGCAACGGCUACAGCGGCGGAUUCGUCAACAGCGGCUACGGUGCCUACAACGGUGGAUCGGCCAACACCAUCGUCGGAGCCCGUCAAGUGUCGAGCAGCUCUGAACCGAUAACCGGAACGGUGAUAAACCGAGUGGUCGAGGUCGGAGUGCGAGUUCCACACCCGGUCGAAGUCACCCGGACGGUUCCAGUCCGCGUCCCGCAUUUGGUACCAGUGGAGUACAGACGUCCCGUUCCAGUCCCCGUCGCCCAGCCGGUUCCCGUUCAGGUUACCAGGCCCUACCCCGUGCCCGUCGACAGGCCUGUUCCCGUCCUGGUCCCGCAAGCGGUCCGCGUCCCGUACCCGGUCCCGGUCCCAGUCGCAGUUCGCCAGACCUACGGAGUCCCGGUUUCCGUCGAGGCAAAUUCCGCGAUUAACUCCGGUGUCGUCAGCUACGCCGCACCCGUCGCCAACUUCAACUCUGGAAUCGGAUCUUACGUGGGCCAGAACUCGUUCGGAUUCGGUUCCGCGGGCUCGAUUUCCGGAAUAUCCAGCGACAGCUACAGGAGCUCGGUAUACCCCGGAGUACAGAGUUCGUACGUUGCUGGUAAUUCCGGCAGCGAUGGAUACACGUACAACGUACCGAGCAAGAAGUGGUAGAGAAAGGACCACCUUCGAACGAGCCAAAUACAAAUACGACGAAUCAUUCUAAUCGUAGAUCAUACAUUUCUAGAUCAUAUGUAGUAGUGUCAUAAUAUGUUCACGUGAAAUAAUUAUGAAAUUUAUUUUCUCAA